UACUGGUGGUGAUGAGCUGGGCCUAUGAGGUGCCCAAUGCCAGGGUCCAGAAGCUGAGUCCCAACGGAUUUGAGGUAUCGAUACCAGAUGAUUCGGGUAUCUCACUAUUCGCUUUCCAUGGCAAAUUGAAUGAGAAAAUGAAUGGUUUGGAGGCUGGAACUUGGUCACAGGAUAUAACCAGAUCCGAGGGAGGACACUGGACUUUCAGGAACACAAAUACUCCUUUGAAAGGCGGUGAUACCUUAUACUUUUGGACCUAUGUCCUAAAGGAUGGCAUUGGCUAUCGUCAGGAUAAUGGCGUCUAUGUAUUUUAAGAAUUUCAUUUGUAUUUGAUUGAAAAUAAAGUUUGAAAAUCACAUUUUAU